CGGUGGUAAAGGGGCAUUAGUCAGAACACCUGUUCUCUGAUCGGAUGAGCUUUGUUCUGAAAGGUCAAACCGGAUGUAGUCUGUGGUUAUGGCUGGUGACAUGCCCGUUCCAAAUAUGGGUCUGACGUCAGCCCCAGGCCCCGCCCCUUUGGGCAGCCAGGUCCUCCUGCGCUCAGCUUCAUUUAAACUUUCCUCCGCGGCUCAGCGAGCCGCACCGACUCUCCCUCAGCAGCCCAGACCCAGUCUGGUCGCUGAUUCUCGGCCAUGGCUUCCGUCACCUGCCGGGUCCAGUACCUGGAGGACUCGGACCCGUUCAUCUGCACGAACUUUCCCGAACCGCGGAGACCUCCGACUGUCUCCCUGGAGGAGGACCAGCCGCUGAGCGAGCAGAUCUCCGGGAUCCACAAGCUACUCGGGGCGCCGCUGAAGUUGGAGGACUGCGCCCUGCAGGUGUCUCCCAGCGGGACGUACCUGGACCUGGAUUCGUCUCUGGCGGAGCAACGGGACGAGCUGGACGCCUUCUACCAGGACCUGGCAAAGGGCAGGAAGCCGAUCCUGGUCCUGAGGACGCAGCUCUCCGUGCGCGUUCACCUCAUCCUGGAGAGGUUGUACAACUCCAAAGGCCCGGAGCUGAGGCGCUGUCUGUUCUCCCUCAAGCAGCUCUUCCAGGACGAUAAGGAUCUGGUCCCAGAGUUCGUAGCGUCUGAAGGCUUGGCGUGUUUCAUCAAGGUUGGAGCCGAAGCCGACCACAACUACCAGAACUACAUCCUGAGAGCUCUCAGCCAGAUCAUGCUGUUUGUGGACGGGAUGAACGGCGUGAUCCACCACCCAGAGACGCUGCAGUGGCUCUACACGCUGACAGGAAGUGUGUCUCGCCUGCUGGUGAAAACGGCUCUGAAGCUCCUCAUCGUGUUUGUGGAGUACGCCGAGUCCAACAGUCCCCUGCUGAUCAGCGCCGUGACAACGGUGGACGCAAAGAGAGGUGUUAAGUCCUGGACGAACCUGAUGGACGUCCUGGACGAGAAGAACGGCGCCGACACAGAGCUGCUGGUCUUCACCAUGACGCUCAUCAACAAGAUUCUGGCGGCGCUGCCGGACCAGGACUCGUUCUACGACGUGACGGACUGCCUGGAGCGUCUGGGCAUGGAGGCCGUGGUCCGGAAACACCUGAGCAGCAAGGGGGCGGAGCCUGACCUCAAGGCCCAGUUCUCCACCUAUGAGGCGGCUCUGCGGCAUGAGGACGGAGACGUGGAUGACUCCGCCCCCCUCCUCCGAAAGGGGAGGAGAAAGAUGGCCGCCGGCGACCAAGAGGGCAGGAGGAGCCGCCGCUCUAGUCAGAAUCUGCCGGACCUGCUGUCCCCCACCCCGUCCACGCCUGUCCUCUCCCCGUCCUCCACCAUAUCCUCGCCCACGCUGGACAGCACCGCCUCGUCGCCGCUGUCCUCUGAACCCGGAAGCUCCGCCUCCAGUCCCUCCGGCUCCCCGCGGGGCUCGCCGCUGCCCCCCCACGCUGGACCCGGCGGCGAUGCGUCCACCGAGCUGGGGACGAGGACGCCGUCCAGCCCGAGUCGCUCUUUCCUCAGCCACCACAUGUCGGCUCUGGGUCUGGGCAGGAAGUCCCGCCUCUUCUCCAAAACCAGCUCCAUCUCUGAGGAGCCUCCCCCCGGCUGCAGCUCGUCUCCAUCGAACCUCUCUCCUCCGGAUCCGCCCCAGCAGAACUCAGAUCAGCUGGUCGGAGCAGAGUCCAAACCUCGUCAGAACUCGCUGGAGGCUGAGCAGGAAGUCUUCUGCCCAGAGGACUUUGAUGUGAAUCUGAACAAGCCGGUUCUGAAGAAGUUCCACGUGACCUUUGAACUCCAGCAGCUCAAGGUGUUUGAUACAAGGGGCUUCAUGAGGUCAUGUGAUCCUGCAGAGCAGAUCGGCCAAUCAGAGAGCAGAAAGCGUUUGGUCCGGCAGCAGAGCGGCGUGAGGGCGGAGCCUGCGGCGCGGCUCCAGGAGUCCAUGAACUCUGUGGGUCCGACGGACGCCUGGGACCAGCUGCAGCCCAGCGGCGCCGACCUGAAGAUCAAAGACCUGGACUUCUCCGACCUGCUGGAGGACGAGGACAUCGACGUCCUCGACAUGGACACCAACGCCUCCGCUUCCUCCCAUUUCUCAGGCAUCCCCCCUCCCCUGGCUCCGCCCCCUCCGAGCGGCCGGCCGUCGGGCCUGGCGAAGAAGAAGACAGUGAAGCUGUUCUGGAAAGAGCUGAAGCAGGCGGAGAGCCAGCAGAAAUGUCGCUUCGGCCGCGGGACGGUGUGGGCGUCGCUGGACAAGGUGGAGGUGGACACGGCGCGCCUGGAGACGCUGUUCGAGUCCAAGUCCAAGGAACUGCCGGUUGCCAAGAAGGGACCAGAACCCAAGAAGUCUCUGGUUCUGGACCCAAAGCGGAGCAACGCCAUCAACAUCGGCCUGACCGUCCUUCCUGCUGUCCACGUCAUCAAGAACGCCAUCCUGAGCUUUGAUGAGUACGCCAUCAGCAAGGAGGGGGUGGAGAAGAUCCUGACGAUGAUCCCGACCGAGGAGGAGAAGCAGAAGAUCCAGGAGGCCCAGCUGGCGAACCCCGACCUGCCGCUGGGAACCGCAGAGCAGUUCCUGCUCACCCUGGCCUCCAUCAGCGCCCUGAACCCCCGCCUGCAGCUCUGGGCCUUCAAGCUCAACUACGAGGUUCUGGAGAAGGAGAUCGCGGAGCCUCUGUUCGACCUGAAGCUGGGCAUGGAGCAGCUGGCGUCCAAUCAGACGUUCAGGAGGAUCCUCGCCACGCUGCUCGCCAUCGGCAACUUCCUCAACAGCUCCAAUGCCAAAGGCUUUGAGCUGAGUUACCUGGAGAAGGUGGUGGAGGUGAAGGACACCGUCCACCGCCACUCACUGCUGCACCACACCUGCAACCUGCUGGAUGACAAUUACCCACAAUCCUCUGACGUCUACUCCGAGAUCCCCGCCAUCACCCGCUCCGCCAAGGUGGAUUUUGACCUGCUGGCAGAGAAUCUGGUCCAGCUGGAGAGGCGCUGCAAGGCAUCAUGGGAGAACCUGAAGCUGGUAGCCAAGCAUGAGAGCAAGGCGGUGCUGAAGAACAAGAUGACGGAGUUCCUCAGGGACUGCACCCAGAGGAUCAAGAUCCUGAAGGUCGUCCACAGGAGGGUCAUCAACAGGUUCCACUCCUUCCUGCUGUUCCUGGGUCAGCCGUCCUUCUCCGUCCGAGACGUGAAGGUCACCAGCUUCUGCCGCAUCAUCAGCGAGUUCGCCCUGGAGUACCGCACCACCCGCGAGCGCGUCCUCACCAUCAGGCGCAAACGCACCAUCAAGAGGGAGCGGAACAAGACCCGGGGCAUGCUGAUCACCGAGACGGAAAAGUUUUCGGGCGUUCCUGUUCAGGACAGCAUCUCGCCCGUCUCCAUGGCAACAGAUCCGGGCUCUGAUCAGGAGGAGGAGCAUUAUACCAUGACGAGCCUGCUGACCAGCAGCUGCAGCAGCCUGACCAUUCAUCCUGCAGGCCUGCGCCGCUCCAGAGCCGUCCGCAGUAACCGCUCGGUGAGUCCAUCCACUCUGACUGCUGCUAGGGACGACGGAACCAACUCUCAGGACGACGCCACUGAUGACAUCAUGGAUCGACUGGUGAAGUCCGUGACCCGGAACCCGUCAAACAGAACUGCCAGCCCAAAGACCCGCAAACGGUCCCGACUCAACAGAAAGUCCAUGCGGAGGACCCUGAAGGGCGGAUUGGACCACGAGGCGGUCCAGGCUCUGGGUCUGCUGCCCAGCAAGACGGGAGACAGAGUCUGACCCCGCGCUGACCUCCUGACCUGCUGACCUCCUGCUGCUCCAGCGUUUAUCUCCUUAUCUGUUUGCAGAUUAACCUUCAGCGCAGCAACAGCAGCUCAGACUGCGGAUCAGAACCAGAACCAGAACUGAUCUGUUUGCUCUUCACACCAGACCUGGACUUACCUGCUGCCUCGUUGGUUCUGAUCCAGAAAGUCCUGCAGGUGGACGCCCAGAAGAACUCUGAUCAGAACAACCUGCCUGAGAUGAACCGCAGAACCACCUGCAGCUUCUAAAGCUUCAGUUUGCCGUAAAUUAGCCGAGGUUCUGCUCAGGUUCUGGACCUGCUGCUGGUUCUGGACCUCUCACCGCCACAGCUUUCUUGUUAAUCUGGGACCAAGCAGUCCGACUGCUCACCUGCCACCAGGUGUUCUGGUGUGAUGUCACUGGGUUCUGGUGUGAUGUCACUGGGUUCUGGUGUGAUGUCACUGGGUUCUGGUGUGAUGUCACUGGGUUCUCAGAUGUGAGGCUGAAUGUUUCUCUGCUGUUAAUAAAGAUUUUCAAUGAAUCUGA